GGUGGGAUUCCAACCCUGAAGCGGGCAUUUGGAGCCCUCAUGCUUCACCCUAGCUCCCUGAAACAAGCUCGGAGGAUUGGCUCUGAGCAGCGAGGAAAGUACUGGAAGGAAGCAGGCCGAGCGCGUCCCUGGCUGGGGACGUUAACCAUUACCGGAGGGCGGUCCGAGCGCGGCCCCGCCCCGGGACGGCCGCUUGCGCGCCCGGCCGCCGCCUGCCCUCUCCGCCGGCCACCUGCUGCCGCCCGCGCCAUGGCUGGCAAAGCACACAGGCUGAGUGCUGAGGAGAGGGACCAGCUGCUGCCAAACCUGAGGGCCGUGGGGUGGAAUGAGCUGGAAGGCCGCGAUGCCAUCUUCAAGCAGUUUCAUUUCAAAGACUUCAACAGGGCCUUUGGGUUCAUGACAAGAGUGGCCCUGCAGGCUGAGAAACUGGACCACCAUCCUGAAUGGUUUAACGUGUACAAUAAGGUUCACAUCACGCUGAGCACCCAUGAGUGUGCUGGCCUUUCAGAACGGGACAUAAACCUGGCUAGCUUCAUCGAACAAGUAGCAGUGUCCAUGACGUAGACCCUGCCCUUCCUCUUUGAAUUCUUCAGGGGGAAGGGGUGACUGAACUGGGAAUCUAGGGAGGGAGCUGAGGAGCCCCCGGCCUCCCCCUGCUCCCCUCCCAAGACCCAGCUGCCUCCAUUGAGGGGUGAGUCCUUGCUGUGGGAUGUGCCAGCGUCCCCACCAACACCAGGAAUUUAGACCUUUUCCCUGCACCACUCUCUUCGUCCUGGGGGCUCUGUUACACUAAUUUGAAUAAGUUCUCCCCUUUCUUUUCAACUCCCCAGCAACAAUGAUUUUCUUGCCUGGCUGUGUCUCCCUAAUUCUUUUCCCAGGAAGCUGUGAUACAGGGUGAAAUAAAGUCUUGUCUUAGAAACCAGGACCCUAAACCCCACACUAUGUAACAGAAACACAUGUGCUUUUAUGUCUCAAAUAAAACUAUUGUAUCACUUGG